AUGGCAGGAACCGCGAAUCGUGUCCGCAGCCUCGUCAGAACCACGCAAACGCUCCGCCAAAUAUUCCUACCAUCAGCAGAUUCCCAAGGCAUCCGGUUCGCUGAGCAACAGACAAGAUGUUAUCGUUUCCAACCCGUUCGACAGCACCAGCCUUUGGCUCCCCGCGCGGAACCCCAGACAAUACGCCGACCGCAACCCCGCCCAGCAAAUCUCCAGCGGACAUACGGGCCACAGAAGGAUGCCAAAGAUGGCAAGGACCACAAUGGUCUCAUAAAGGACGAAGCGAUUCCCGCACGGAGGGUACAGAUAGUGAACGAGGACGGAUCACUUGGCGACCCAAUACCGUUAGGUGCUGCAUUACACACCUUUGAUCGCUACGUAAACGUUCUUCUCCAGGUUGCUCCCGAAACCGCCGAACGCCCCGCUAUUUGUAAAAUCACAAGCAAGGGGCAAUUGCAGCAAAAACUACAGGCGAAAUCGAAAGCGCCCAAGGACCCCAGCCAUUCGCUAAAGCAGGUCGAGCUGAACUGGGGUAUUGAUGGCCAUGACCUCACACAUCGAAUGAAAAUGGUGGAGAGCUAUUUCGAGAAAGGGAAGAAAGUGGAAUUCAUAUUGUUGCAGAAGGAUAAGAGGAAGAAGAAACUACCUGCCCCAGAGAAAGCGCGAGAGCUUGUUAAAACGAUAAAAGAACAGAUUGCGGAGAUGGGUGCGGUGGAGACUAAGAAAAUGGAAGGGACAUUGCUGGGACGACUUACUAUAUAUGCUGAAAAGUCGAAGCAGCCAUGA